GACAAAUGACCAAGGAAGCAAGCACGCAGCCAACAAGAUUGAUCGCGCAUCGCUCGGGAAUUCCCCACAUUCAUCUCAGCGUGGGAAAACAGGAAUCACGUCACACGGCCAAGUUUACAGUGCCGGAGCCUCCGAACCCAUCUGUGGACAUGGUGCGCAAACGGCUCCUGGAAGCGCAUUGUAGUCGGACGCCGGCUUGUCGCUCCUCACUGUGCAAACGGGUCCAAAACGGGCAGCAACGAGAGGAAGACUCCCCCAAAAAGGCCUCAUCUAGCCAUUGUGGAGUGAGGCUAGUCCAUCUGCAGCUGUUCCCCUGGAACCCUUCAGGCGAGGUACGCCGAGAGUCGUGUGCCGUUGAGCCUCGUGCGAGCUGUUUUCUUUUCCCCCAUCUAUGUCUGUGA